UUCAUCCAGCAGACUGUUGAGGAAAUCUUUUAUUUUUCUUCCCGGCGGGUGGUGUGCAGAGCCUGAGAAGACGCCCAGAACGGUUUUCCUCCGGUUACCUCGUGGUUCAGAUCAGCCACCUCCUCAAACCCCAACAACAGCUCUGCCUAAAUAUCACCACCGCCGUAACUAAGCCACCCCAAAGCCUUCAAGAUGAUGCAGAUCAGCGUCGACUCCGCCAGCAACAAGAACUCCCUCAUCAACGUCAUGCACCGCUUCAUCGCGGCCGCCAACAACAUGGACGAGACUAUCAUGGUGCCGAGCAUGCUGCGCGACGUGCCGCUGGAGGAGCGCGCGGCCGGCGAGCUGGAGCCCAACAACAACAAGGAAAACAACCACGAGCCGCCGUGUCCCAACAAGCAGCGGGACAUGUACGAGCACUACCUGCUGCUCAAGUCCAUCAAGAACGACAUGGAGUGGGGCAUGCUGAAGAGGGAGAUGAGCAGCGGCGCCAGCUUCCUGGAGAUGGCGGUGAAGCAGGAGGAGCAGCAGCAGCAGGUCACCGGGGACCUCCUCCGGGACGAGAACACGGACCUGGAGAACCAGUUCCACUACCACCUCCGGGGUCUGUUCGGGGUUCUGUCCAAGCUCACAAUGCAAGCCGACCACCUCACCAACAGGUACAAGAGGGAGAUUGGAGGCGGAAACUUCAUGAGAUAGAAGUCACUAUCCCCCCCACACACACACCUGGACUGCUUGACCUGCACAAUGGGAUGUGUUACCCUGGCCCCCUAAAUUCUUUCUGAUGGCGCUUAAUGGUCAGUGAACUGACCAAGGCGACUUCUUUCACUCCUGAGAAGCAACGCCAACUAUCCCCGACCCAAAACACACCUGAAGCCAUUGACGCCUGCAUGCGUUCCUCUGCCUGUCCCGGUGCACAGGGACACUUUGUGUGGCCGAGGUUUAUUGAAUCCGAUCCCUUAGUCCACAUGAAGCCCAGCACUAGUUCAUGGAGAUAUCUGCCCGCCCCUUUUUUGUCUUUUCAUUUCAAGUUUGAAGAUUAAUUGGUCACCAGAUUGUGAAUAAAAGGUUUCUGACUAUAGGAGAAAUUGAAUGCUGGUUAUUCUGUCCCUCCUUUUUUUUUUUAUAUAUCAAAUUUUAACGCUGAGCUGAAGGGCUCUAAAACCUGCAGAGGUUUUUAAAUUGUUCCACUUGGUAUUACUGUAGCAUGGUGUACCUUGACUUUUUCUUUUGAUACCCUCAAGCCCUGUCCAGUUACUCCUCAUUGUCUGACUGCUUAAAUGGUUCAUCACGGUGUUUAUGAUAUUAUUAAUUUGUCUGUCCUUGAAUAUUUCACAUUUUAUAUUGAAACGGUUAAACUGAAAUAAAUAAUUGGAAACUUUA